AUGAGUGCUUCAAAAACCACGCCAAAGGCCAUUCUUGAAGCCUUGAAGAAAGCAUUAACGUCUGGACCCGCCCAAAAGGUCGAAGAUGCAUACUACAAGCCUCGACCGCAGCCAUUCCACCACUACAAUGGCUCAGCCUGGGUUGUCUCCACUCUUAAACGCUCUUCACAAAGUCAAUCACCUUCUUCAAGGACCGUCCGCUUGAUAUCAUGGAACAUCGAUAUGCUCAUCGGCUUUGCGGAAGAACGCAUGAGCGCCGCGCUUGAACAUCUUUCCACCCUAGUCGAAAGCACAAAUAAUGAGACGCCUAUUGUUAUCUUCCUACAAGAGAUGAGCCAGUCAGACAUGAAGCAAAUCCGCGACACGCCGUUCAUACAACGACGCUUCUACAUCACAGAUCUCAACGAGCGCAACUGGCUAAGUCCACUCUACGGGACGAACACACUCAUCGACCGGCGUCUGAGCAUCAGUCGAGUGUUUCGGGUCCCCUGGAUUAGUAAGUUCGACCGCGAUGGACUAUUCGUCGACCUUGCGCUUGCGGAGCAGGGCGAAGGAAAGUCUUCUGUUGCAGCGGGAUUACUUGCCGGUGAUUUGAACGCCAUUCAGCCUUUCGAUUGGACGUUGCACUCUGACAAUAACCUCAAGGAUGUAUACCUAGAACUCGGCGGUAAAGAAGAUAGCGAUGAUGGGUACACGUGGGGCUACCAGGUCCCUCAAGCGCUUCGUGAAAGAUUUGGAUGUAGUCGCAUGGACAAGAUCCUCUUCACGGGAGGAAUCAUGCCGCAGAAGUUCGAACGUAUAGGCGUAGGUGUCAGGGUUGCAGAGAAUGAGAGAAAGGAGAUGAGGGAUGCUGGGGAGGAGGAGUGGGUAACGGACCAUUAUGGGGUGAUGGCAGACUUUCAAAUCGAUGAAGAAAGUGCAUUGGCUGUUACUGAGGGGCGUGAGGAUGAGGUGCCUCGAUCGAAGCUGACGUGA